AAGGCACUCUGCAGAAGCUGUUAGUUUUAUUUCCCCCCAAAUAUACUCAGAAGGCACUCAAAGCCGCAACCGAAAAUGGAAGAGUAUUUGCAGUACAUGAAAACUCUCCGCUCUCAGAUCAACGAUGUGGAGGAUCAAGCCGCCAACAUUUCAGCUGAAGAGCAGAUCCAGUUUACUACCAUUCAAACCUUGCAAAACGAUAUCCUUUCUGCAAAAUCCACAAAAAAACAACUUACGGAAGACAUUGAGAAGAUGUUGACAGCAAAGGGUCAACUGUGUUCGCUGAUAAUUGAGAAACAGAGAAAAAUAGCCUCUUUAGAUUCUGAUUCAUCCACACUUACCCAGACACUGGAGCUUAUUCAACAGGAAAAAAUUAGCUUAUCUUCCAAACUAAUAGAAAAGAGUGCUUACUACUCCAAGGUGGUCGCGGAUUUUUCCUCCAAAUUGCAGCAACAACAGGAGUGGGUCAAAUCUCAGAAAGGAAGACAAAUGGAAGAGCAUGAUUUGGUCAACAACAAACUUGAUGAGAAAAUGACUGAAUCUGAAGAUAAUCUUAAUGUUGGAUACUGUAUGCUCACCAACAAUAAGGACAAUGAAGCAGGGAAUGACCUGAUUGUCAAGUUGGACUUAGCAAAAGCCAAGCUAGAUGGGAUUGUACAAAUGAAAGCAAAACUUGUGAGAGAUAAUUGCAAGAUUAAGGAGUCUAUUGAGCAAACAAAGCGUGGAGCAAACCAUUUUAAGCCGGAGCUGUGGGAAAUAAGUAUACUGACACUUGAAGAAGAAUACAAAGCGCUUCUAUCAGAUAAAGACGGAGAAACCGAGUAUCUUUCCUCACUGCGAAACCAGGUUGAACAAAUAAAGGGAAUUUCUCUUCCGAUUAAAUGUGCCUGUGGAGAAGAAUACAUGCUGGAUCUUUGUGCCUGAUCGGAUAACUCAAAAAUGAAAAAGAGCUAGUAUCUGCUACAGGUAAUGCUUAACUCAAAACUGAUCGGAUAAUAUGGUAAAAUGUGAAUAGAUGCUACGGUGUAAAUUUUUUGUAGCUAUCUGAGAAUUGUGUUGGACAACAGGCUUGAGCCAAGGGAACAUGUACGGUAAAUGCUGUAAAUAUU